AUGCUCCACUCUAACUUGUCCAAGUACCAUCCUCUCCCGCUCCUCGCAGCGGCGUCCUCGCCCCGCCGCACCCUCGUCGCCGGCCUCCUCCGCGCCGGCUACCUCUCGAAGCAUCCAGCCUCUUCAACUGCGCCUCGUCCGACCACAACCGCCCGUGCGAGCGCCAGGGCCGCCACUUCCCCGGGCGAAUCCCGCUUCGGACUGGGAGGCAGGGCUUCGUUCUCCACCGCGCCAGAUGGGUCCGCAUUGGCUGGCGGCGGGAGGGUGCUUCCCUGGCUUGCCGCCGAGACUGGCAACAGUGGCGCCCCCGUUGCUAGGACUAGCGCCGGCGGGUCCUCCUCGUGGGAGAGCUCCGCGGAGAAGUUCUUCUCGAGAGACGACCAGUACGCUCGAAGAGAAGUGUCGGGAGUCAGGAUGAAGGACAAGGUAGCGAUCAAGGAUGAUGAUGAUAAUGAGGCAAUUGACAAUCCCAAAUGGGGAAGGAUUAAGGGCAGGUAUCAACAACGAGAGGUGUCGGGAAACAGGAUGCCAAACAAGGUGGCGAUUAGGGAACAAGAGGAUGAUGAUGAGAAUGAACCAAUUGACAAUCCCAAAUGGGGAAGGAUUAAGGACAGGUACCAGCGAGUUGUGGGGAGGGAUGGAGGGUCCCGUGGUGAGAAGUUUAGGGAUGGAGGUUCCCGUGGUGAGAGGUUUAGGAGGGAGACAUUUGACAAGCCGGAUGUGAGACAGUGGAACAAGCAGGAGAAUUGGGGAAGGAAGACAGGGAAGGAAGCAGGGGAAUCAUCGGUGCCAAAGAUGGUGGGGCAAGGAGUUUAUGGUGUUGGGCCGGUCCUUGCAGCACUCACGGCUCGGAGGAGGGAGUUUUAUGCAUUGUAUAUACAGGAAAGUAUGGAUUUGAGCGGGAACAACAAGAAAAGGAAAGAUAAGAAGGCAGUUGAGAAAGUGCUACGGAUGGCUGAGGAGAUUGGGCUGAAGGUUAUUGAGACUUCAAAGCAUGAUCUUAACAUGGUGGUGGAUAACCGACCACACCAAGGUGUGGUGCUCGAUGCAUCACCCUUAGAAAUGGUUAAUAUAAAGGAGUUAGAUCCAGUCAGGGUGGAAGGUGGAAAAGCACCUGUGUGGAUAGCCUUGGAUGAGAUUAUGGAUCCUCAGAAUUUAGGAGCCAUUAUUAGGUCCGCCUACUACUUUGGUGCUCAGGGUGUUGUUUUGUGUGCUAAGAACUCUGCUCCAUUAAGUGGAGUAGUGAGCAAAGCUAGUGCAGGUUCGCUUGAGUUGAUUGAGCUACUCUCCUGCAGAAACAUGAUGCAGUUCUUGUCUUCAUCAGCUGAAAAUGGUUGGCGAGUCCUUGGUGGUACUAUUGCUAACAAAGCUGUACCUCUCUCUGAAGUGGAAAUAGGGGUGCCAACUAUUCUUGUGAUGGGUAGUGAAGGCACUGGUUUGAGACCCCUGGUUGAGCGAUCCUGCACACAUCUGGUCAGAAUACCUGGAAACGUUGAUGUAUUUGUUGAAGGAGCAGAUGCAGAUGCAGGGGAAGAAGGUGACAGUUCUUCUAGUAAUCAAGAUUUGAGAUCAUUCCUUGCGGUGGAGAGUUUGAAUGUUAGUGUUGCAGCAGGAGUGUUGCUUUAUCAUCUUGUUGCAAAAGAUGCCUGCCCCGGAAGCGAUAAGCCUAGUGUUACUCUAAUGUAA